AUGUUUCAAACCAAGCUACAAAAUGCUAAUGAGCAAGAACUGGGGAAAAUAUCCUGCACAACUGAGAUCCAAGCUGCGUUUAUUAUUUCCUCCGUAGGGACCUUCUUAAGUGGACUUCUCAUCCUGUUCCUUUUCAGGCAAAUCUGGAGGGCCAUUAGGAAACUGCACAACAUCAAGGGAACAGGACUCCUCCUGAAACUCAUCUUGUCAAAGGUCAUCGGCAGUAAACAUCAGAAAAGUCUGCAACUCCAUGGAGAAUUUCGGGAUCAUAUAGAAAUGUUACUUUCGGCACAGACCUUCGUGGGGCGAGUGUUGGGGAUCCUUGUCUUUACACUAAGCAUUGGGUCUCUUAUAAUCUAUUUCAUCAACUCUUCUGACCCUGUGGGAAGCUGUUCUUCAUACCAAGACAAAACCAUCCCUAUUGAUUUGACUUUCAAUGCUUUCUUUGCUUUCUAUUUUGGGUUGCGAUUUUUGGCAGCUGAUGACAAGAUCAAGUUCUGGCUGGAGAUGAACUCAAUUGUAGACAUCUUUACCAUCCCACCAACCUUUAUUUCUUAUUAUUUGAAGAGUAAUUGGCUAGGUUUAAGGUUCCUAAGAGCACUGAGGCUGCUAGAACUCCCUCAGAUCUUGCAAAUUCUGAGAGCCAUCAGGACCAGCAACGCAGUGAAGUUUUCCAAACUGUUAGCAAUAAUUCUCAGUACCUGGUUCACGGCUGCAGGGAUCAUUCACCUGGUGGAAAAUUCUGGGGAUCCCUGGCUCAAAGGUAGAAACUCACAGAACAUAUCAUACUUUGAUUCCAUUUACCUGGUCAUGGCAACAACGUCAACCGUUGGCUUCGGAGAUGUGGUAGCAAAGACAUCCCUGGGACGAACGUUCAUCAUAUUUUUCACCCUGGGGAGUUUGAUAAUAUUUGCAAACUAUAUCCCUGAGAUGGUGGAACUUUUUGGUAACAAGAAGAAAUACACCACUUCCUAUGAUGUGCUCAAAGGAAAGAAGUUCAUCGUGGUCUGUGGAAACAUCACCGUGGACAGCGUGACUGCUUUCCUGAGGAACUUCCUGCGUCAUAAGUCAGGGGAGAUCAAAACCGAGAUUGUGUUUCUGGGAGAGGCUCCUCCUUCUUUGGAACUGGAAUCCAUACUGAAGUGCUCCAUGUCCUACACAACUUUUGUUUCUGGGUCUGCACUGAAGUGGGAGGAUCUGAGGCGAGUUGCGGUGGAAUCUGCAGAAGCAUGCCUGAUUAUAGCCAACCCUUUGUGCAGUGACUCCCAUGCUGAAGACACUUCAAACAUUAUGAGGGUACUGUCUAUCAAGAACUAUAGCCCUCAUACCAGAGUCAUCAUACAGAUACUUCAAUCCCAUAACAAGGACUUCCUGCCGAAGAUCCCCAGCUGGGACUGGGCCGCCGGAGACAACAUCAUCUGCUUCGCCGAACUGAAGCUGGGGCUGAUGGCCCAAGGCUGCCUGGUGCCCGGCUUGUGUACUUUCCUGACAUCCCUGUUUCUGGAGCAGAACACUAAGGUCAGUCCGAAACAACCCUGGCAAAAAAUUUUUGUAAAUGGCCUGAAGAACAAAAUCCUGACUCAGUAUCUCUCUGAUGACUUUGCUGGAAUGACUUUUCCUGAAGUUUCCCGGCUCUGCUUUGUGAAGCUGCACCUCAUGCUGAUAGCCAUCCAAUACGAAUCCAUGUGUUCCAGCUCCUGUGGUCCAGUAUUAAAUCCACCUGAGCAGGUUAAGCUGCAUAAGAACACAUUAGGUUUCUUUAUUGCUGAAUCUGCAAAGACUGUCAAAAGAGCCGCCUUUUACUGUGCCACCUGUCACAGUGAUGUGCAUUGUCCUGAGCUAAUUGGAAAAUGUAGCUGCAAAAGCAGGAGCCAUCGAUCGUCCACAGGGACAACAAUGGUGGUGAACACAAGCAAUGUGAAGGAACCCCAUAGAAUGGCAUUGAGGGAUUCUUGUCCAUUGCAACAGCCAAGUGCAACUUCCAACAUCAGCUGUAUCACCAGGACUUUCCGCUACGAGGAUUCCGACAGUCUCGACAGCACCGGCAUGUUUCACUGGUGCAAAGCGACCCACUUGGAAAAGGUGAUUCUGAGACGGACUGACAAGACGAAACAUGAGUUUCGGAACCACAUUGUAGCGUGUAUCUUUGGAGAUGCCCACUCCACCCUGAUGGGGCUUCGGAAUUUUGUGAUGCCCUUGAGAGCUAGCAACUACACCCAGCAGGAGCUGAAGGACAUUGUGUUCAUUGGGGCUCUGGAUUACCUGCAGCGAGAAUGGCGAUUUCUCCGGAAUUUUCCCCAGAUAUACAUUCUGCCUGGAUCUGCCCUCUUUGCUGGAGACCUCCAUGCAGUCAACAUAGAGGAAUGUGCCAUGUGUGCGGUCUUGGCCUCCCCAUCCACGUCAUCAGGCAGCCAGACUCUGGUAGACACAGAGACCAUCAUGGCCACCCUCAACAUAGGAUCACUGCAGAUAAGCAGCUGUGUCCAGUCACCCUCGGAGGCAGUUCACUGCCUGAUAAGGCGGUUUCGGGCCGGUGCCGUGCCCCGGCUCCCUUUUGGAGCCGAGGCUCACGGAGAGUUGCUGUUACAGAGUUUCGAGGGAACUGGGGAAGUAGAAUACCGAAGAGUCCCCAUCCUCACUGAACUGAAAAAUCCUUCCAACAUCCACUUUAUCGAGCAGAUUGGUAGGAUGGAAGGGCGCCUCCCAGGAACCAGCCUGCAUCUCAGCACUUCCUUUUCCACAGGCUCCGUCUUCUCCGGCAGCUUCUUGGACUCCCUCCUGGCCAGUGCCUUCUACAAUUACCAUGUCCUGGAGUUACUUCAGAUGCUGGUGAGGGGAGGGAUCAGCUCUCAGAUGGAGCAGCAGUUGGAUAAGGAUAAGUUCUAUGGGCUGACGGACAGCUGCAAAACACAUUUUUCUGGACGAAGGCGCUGUAAGCUGGGGCUUCUGGCCUUAAACCAAACCAUGUUGUUGGACAUUGAACCAAAAAAGACCUUUGGACAAGUUUUCUGUGGUUUGUUAGAUGAUUUUGGAAUCCUCUGCUUUGGCUUAUACCGCUUGAUAGACAACGAGAAGCAAAACCAGGAGCAAAAAAGGGGAGUAUGCCAGUUUGUGAUCACACGGCCGCCCAACGAGUUUAAGCUGCUGCCCUCAGAUCUUGUGUAUUGUGCCAUCCCUUCGAACAUUCCGUGUAACAGAAACGAUACAUUUUAUCAAGGUUCUUUUGAAUUUAUAAAUCUAGCACCACAGAUAUCAGUAACCUCAGAGGCAUCUAGAGGCAAAAAUAAUCCUCCCACAGCUGACCCAGUUGACCAGAUGACAACACAGCCAUUGAAUACAGCAAUCCAUUUUUUGGAUCCCGAAUCUAUCCCUGUUAGUGAUUCUAAGCAAGUCAUUUUGACUCAGAGUGGUAAACUAUCACCCCAGACACAUCCAGAUAAAACUGUGCAGGAAAAUGAAAACAUGAAGGAGCCCACUGUAUGUUCAAACUAGACCUGCUGAUGUUCUCCACCAGCUCCUAGCUCGCUACCUACUAGGCAUCUCCAGAGACUGUGACUUUGAACAAGGAAAAUGAAAAUGGAAGCAUGCCAUUUUCAUGCCCAUUGCUUAGUGGUUGGUUAGCAGUCCCACACUGUUUGGGGAGAAGCAAACUGCUGUUCCAAUCCCACUGGAUCUGGUGUGAUAAAUAAAUAUGUGAUAU